AGCUGCUAGACCCUUUUUUGCUGCAUUACCAGGACUCUGUCCAUGAGCUCUCAGCUGCCAUCAUACAGAAGGGCUAUAUCUUAGCUGCCUCAGAACCAAGUAGAAACAGAAGCAAACAAAAUGGAAAAGCAAGAAAAAACACCUGAGAAACUGGAAACCCAAAUGGCAACUGCUGAAGCUGGUGCCGACGGGGAGGCAGAGGAAAUCAGCAUACUGACUGUAUGGACCCUGCUUGACCAAGUGGCUGGGAUUGUGAACAGUGUUCAGGAAACCCAGCAGAGAAUGCAGGAACAGCAACAACUAAUGGAAAACAAUAUCAGGUCCAUUGAAGCUGAUAUUCUAAAGCUUUCAAAGGCUCACAACGAAACGGGUGAUGUUGUCAGUAAAUUGCUUGACAAAACCAGAAAAGUUAGUACUAAUGUUAAAGAUGUAAGACGGCGUGUGGAUAAACAGAGUGAUCAGGUUAAAAAGGUUGAAACAAAGCAAGAAGAGCUUUUGAGAAAAAAUAAAUUUAGGGUUGUAAUUUAUAAGGAAGAAGAUGAAGUCCCCACUACUGUAUCUGUCGCUACAGUUCCCAAAGGAAGUGCUAAAGUUACAGGUAAGGAUGAUGUCGUUGAAGAAGCAGACCCACCGCUCGAUUUAUCAUCAGAUGAAGAGUAUGUGGCACACCACGAAAGUAGAGCCGCCCGACUGAGAAAAUCUGGAAUGAAACGUAUUGAUAGCAUUAAAAAAGCAUUUUCAAAGGACAGUAUGGUAAAGACCAAGCAAACCCUCAGCACCAAGGUCAACAGGAUUGGCACUAGAAUUGUAACGCCUGAGAGGAGGGAGAAAAUGAAGCAAUCUGGAGAACGGAUCAAACAAUCCAGCGAAAGGCUGAAGCAAUCAAUUUCUAAAGCAGCUCCAACAAAGGAGUCCUUUAAAAUCAAUGUGAAGAAGUCCAAAGAAAGAACCGUAGCCGAGGGUCAGGAAGUCACAUUAGGAAAUGUGGCAGAGCCAGCCUCUAGUGCAACAUCUGCAGCAGCAACAGCCAGUCCUGCAAAAGAGUCGGUCACCUAUACUGAAGUGAUAACUGGAUCGAAGGACGAAGCAAGUGCUGAGAAAAAGGCUGCACAUCCAGAAGAGAUGAGGGUUGUGAUAUCAGAAACAGUCACUGUGAUACCAGAGAGGAAAACAGAAGAUGAGGCCUCCGCAGUACCAGAAACAAAUCAAGCAUCGUAAGGAUAUCCCUUAGUUAUCAGCAGGAUUCAGUACUGCAGUCAUACCAGUCCAGCAUCAAAGUCUUUUCUAUCCUGUUUCAGUACAAAAUCAUUAUGCUUUGUUUUUCUUGAAUUUGUAUUCAAUUACAACAAAUAAUUCCUUGUAAUGUUAUUUCCAUGUUCCAUGCCCAGUCAUAUGAUAGAUGGCAUAAUCUGAUUAGGUGCUCUAAAUUAUGUUGUACAGCAAAUAAUCAGAGCUGCUAUGUUAGGAUAAUUCUCAGGUCAGAAUUAAAACAAUGUUUUAGUGUA